AUGUCUGUCUCUAUUCGCUCGCAUGCACUCCACACACGCAUCUCACUUCCACCCGCAGCCUUAGUCAGUGUAUUCCUAUAUUUCCUUCCGGGUACUGCUUCUUGGGUUGACGCACAUGUCAAAGAGCUUGAAGAUCACUAUGUUCCUCACCUUGGAGAGAUCAGAAGAACUUCCAUUGCAUGCAGUGGGAUGACCAGCUGGGAGCGUGCAAAAGGAGGCACAAUGUCGCCAAUGUGGCUCAAAAGCUUAGAUGUAAAGGAGAGAGCCAAAGCUUGGGCGGCAACUCGGAAGACUCCAGGAGACCUGACGAAGGACGGAACCAAGUACAGCGGCUCCUGCAAAAUAUUAGUCACCCCGGGAUCACAAACUGUCCCCAUACUGACUGAACAGAAGAAAUCUGACUGUCUUGUGUGCAACACAUUGGUCCAAGGUGGUGACCUAGCUGUGCGUCGGGUGAAGAACUGCACAACGCACCUGAUUCCAUCACCUGCGAGUACUGUGUCCGAGAAAAAGGUAAAACUUGGCCACAUAGUCGUUGAAUCCAAGACACGGGUAAAUGUAAUCCACAAUGAGAUAUGUUUCCAGCAGGCAAUAGUGUCAUAUUUAAGCAUCAAGUUCCUUGACAUCUGUAGCUUGAUGCUUCAUGAAGCAUCAAGCCUUGUGUCUCUGCACUGA